UUAUUUUGAAAGGCAAGACCGGAAGUUCUACAGGACACCGCCAUCUUUACCAACAAUCGGUCAGCUACCGGGUGAAAAGUGGCGAUAAGAACACGAAAAGACACGGUAAACACUUCAGAAACUUUCAUCUCACCGAGUUACAGUCUUGGGAAAAUAUAAGUUUUGUCAACAACCACGCUGACCAUGGUGUUAAACCAGUCUCGGCUGCCAUGGCAGGUCAUUAGACUGAAACAGUCACAGAGGCGCUGUGACCCCGCUUCUCUUAACCAGAACAGGGCUAAUGCCGCAGUGCUAUCGAGCAUUUCUCUUGUUCCGUGGAGUCUGACAGCUGUUAGCACCUCAGCAGCUUCCCACUGUGCAACAUCCUCUGCAUGUUUGGCGGACUUUGACCUGCAGCUACUGAAAAGGAGAGGAAGUACUGGGCUGAAGGUUACGGAUGUGUCUUCUGUGAAAAACAUCUCCGUCCGAGAGCUCAAUACUUCUUCCAGGGCCUUCCAGUAUGAUCUUAAACCAGACAUACCAAAAACCGAAGGCCGGAAGCUGUUUUUUGACACUCAUGCAGUUGUUCGAAUCCUUGAAGAAAAUGGAUUUACUACUCAGCAAGCUGAAGUGUUGGUUAAGGUGCUGAUUGGAACUACAAACUCUACUAUGGAUGUUAUCUAUAGUGACAUGGUGACCAAGGUGCAACAGGAAAUCAUGUUGCAGCAAGUAAUGUCUAAAAUUGCUUCUGUAAAGAAGGACAUGGUUAUCUUAGAGAAGAGCGAGUUCUCCACCCUUCUAGCUGAGAACGAGAAACUCAAGAACCAAUUAUUACAGUUCAAGGUCCAACUGGCUGAUGUAAUGAAUAAAGUACGCUCAGAUAAUAUUAUGGACCUGAACGGGGAGAAAAGUCGUGUAAAGGAACUGAAAGCGGAGCAUGAGAAGAGGCUUCUGGAAACAAGAACUGAGAUUCUGGAAAUGACAGCAGAGCAGGAUCGCCAUCUGACCCAUACAAACAUGAAAAUCGACACGGAGGUGGCUGGUUUAAAAACCAUGUUGGAGUCUCAUAAACUGGAUACUAUCAAAUACCUUGCAGGCUCCGUGUUCACCUGUCUCACUGUAGUCUUGGGAUUUUAUCGUAUUUGGAUGUAACCAAGAGUUGAUGAGCGCUCCUUUGUGGAAGCCUACGACCAAAGAACAGCUUUAUCAUGUUGGAUCUCAUUUAUUGUGUUUCUUUUCUAAUGUGGCGAAGGAAAGGUUUGUCGAUGUGUUCUGUUUAGGGAGAGCCCAAAAGGGAACAACACUCACCAGGGAAUGUACUCCUUUUCUCCCAUUCUGGUUUAAUGUGAUCUCCUCCCACCUUAAUUAACUUAUCUGUAAAAACCAGUUGUGCUAAUUAAGAGAAUUGACGUUUUCUCUUGGUUGCAGACUGUGUGCAGUGGGUCAGUCUGAGUCUCUCAAUGCACUAAUUUUCCUGGUAACAUUUAUUCAUGUCCACUCUGUGACCUCUGACUGGAUUAUGGUCCAGCUUAUGGAGGUAGAAAUGUACCUUUGGAGCUUCCCUGGCUGUUUUGUUGCCACUGCACUCAAGGUGCCAUUAGGAACCUGAAGGAUAUUGUGAUGCAAAUAUCACUCCAAAAAGAUAUUUAUGCAUAUAACUACAGGAUAUCUUGAAAGCAUUUGUUUUAUGGGAUUUUAAAAAGUUUGGCUUUGUUUUAUUUAUAUAGUUUUCACUCAUUUUGAUAAAUAAAAGAGAUCUGCUUCUUUAUCUUUUUUGCUAAUUUUCUUAACAGCAAAGCCAAUUUAUUACCUUUUUUUGUAUUAAAUGUAUUUUAUUCUGUAAAUAUUUUAUGCAUGUAAAGUUGUACAUAUAUAACUGAGGAGUUUUUAGGGGAUUUUUUUGCAUAUUGUUUGAUUUGUAAUUUUGGUUUGGUGCGGCACUAGUAGCCUAUUUAAAAUAAACCAACAGAAAGAAAGGAAAGGAGAUCGCAUCAGAACCAGGGUUAAUAUCUCCAUAUGUGUGGGUUGCACUGACUACCCAUGCACCCUCCUCAUUCUCUUACUUUAUCUAAUUAAAUUAAUAGUUGCCAUGAGCCAAACUUGUCAUUACACUAAUAUAGUUUGGAUUACCAGCUGAUCAAACUGCCUAAAUGUAACCAAACCCAUCGAUUUUAAGCAUUUUGGGGGGGCCAAAUAUCUUCCUAUUCCAUUUUUUUUUUUAUGUUUUUUUUUUUUUUUAUGUUUUUUUUUGAUGGAGGAUAAAUUGAAGGAGGAUGUAUCUCUAGUCCUUUUUCAAUUCCUUGUCUUUUUUUUAUCUUUGUUUUUUACUGUUCAUUUAAGGCCAACUCUGUUCUAGAAACUCCUCUAGAACCUCUAAAGAUUAUUUCACAAAGACUAAUUCUUCAUAAAAUGAAAAAUAAAACAUGACGGAGAACCCUGAGCAUCUUCUUUAGAAGACUGCUAAAACCUCAACAGAGUAUCUUCAGUCAAAGGCUUCUUCAGAUCCAGAUGAAAGAUGAGACAGACGAUCCUUCCUACCUACAGCUAUCAUCAUCUAUGGAAAAAUUACUGUUACUCCCAACAUUUAAUUUAUCUUUGGAAACA